AUGCCGAGAGUAUUAUCCGGACUUUGGAUCCCAUGUGAAGGUCCAGUGUGGUUAAAGCGGGGCAUUCCGAACCCAUCGGAACUGUUCCGAGCACCCUCAAAAUCCGGGCCGUCCCAGACUCCGGGCGCCGGUAUUAGGCGCCGGUUUCGAUGGCGUCAAGGUCUCCCCCCAGUGGCGGCGACAACAACACUUGACAAACAAACCAAGGCCAGACCGACUGUCCUGCUCUCGCUCUUUCCCGUGACGAGCACCAUGUCGGGCGGCUGGAAUACUAUAGAGUCUGAUGCUGGCGUCUUCACCUAUCUAAUCGAGAAACUCGGAGUCAAAGACGUGCAGUUUGAAGAACUGACUACGCUCGAACCCGAAGAGCUGCAGCAGUUGGGUACCGUGUACGGUGUCAUCUUCCUGUUCAAGUACCCCACGGGCGAGGAGCGCAGCGAGACGCCAAAGGACGGUACCUAUGAUCACGACGCAGCGCAGAACUUGUUCUUUGCUGCGCAGACGAUACAGAAUGCUUGUGGGACGCAGGCGAUUGUCUCGUUGUUGUUGAAUCGUGAGGGCGAGGUGGAGAUUGGUAAGGAGUUGAGGGAGUUCAAGGAGUUUGCGGGGGAGUUUCCGCCAGAGCUGAGAGGUGAAACCCUGUCGAAUUCCGAUCUCAUACGAGAAACACACAAUUCCUUCGCCCGAUCGUCGCCCUUUGUCGACGAGACACAGCGGACUGCGACGGAAGACGACGAUGUCUUUCACUUCAUUGCCUACACCUCAAUCAACAACACCCUCUACGAACUCGACGGCCUCCAACCAGCCCCAAUAUCCCACGGCCCCUGCACACCCUCCGCCUUCCCCACCAAAAUUAUCCCAGUCCUCCAACGCCGCAUCGCCCGCUACCCAGCCACGGAAAUUCGCUUCAACCUCCUCGCCUGCGUCAAGGACUUGCGUAUCCGCGCGCAGGAAAUCGGCGAUGAGGAGGAGCUCGAGCGCCAGGAGGAUCGCCGCGCGCAAUGGCUGUGGGAGAAUUCCCUGCGCAGACAUAAUUUUGUGGGGUUUGUGGGCGAAUUGUUGAAGGGGGUUGUUAGGGCGAAGCUGGCCGAGGGCGAGGGGGCGUAUGAGAAGUGGGUUGAGGAGGCGAAGGGGCGGUCGAGGAAGAGGAGGGAGGAGGCGAGGAGGCAGGGGGUUGGAGAGGGGUGA